AUGUACGCAGCAGCACAUAUAAAUCGAUUAGGCCUGCAAUAUCAUCAGCGUGAGGUUGAUAUUAAUAAUAUAGGAGUGAAAUCCUUAGAAUACGAUAGCGCAGAUGUUCCAAAGUCCUUGUCAACGCAACAAGAUCGAGAUGAUACAGAUGAUUCAAGUUAUUCAAAUUACGACGACGACAACAAUGAAUCUUAUCGAUACUCCUCGGUACUAUCCUUCAUCUCUCAAUAUCAAAAUACUCCAGACGAAUAUGAGGAAUCCAAAGAAGUAUUGACUCAGAAUAUCAAACACACCUCAACCUCACCGGUCUCGUCCCCUAAAUUUAGGCUCACCUUUGGUUCAAUCAGAGAAGCAUUAAAUAGACCAAGGAAUUCCAGGCAUAUUAAAAUGCUUAGUGAAUUGAAUCUCUCGAUACCUGAAGCUAAUGAACCGAUUAUAUUUGAAUCGAAAGUGGCUAAUCUUCAUUCCCCUACAUUCAAAAAAUCCUCAAAAAAUCAUCUCAUUUUGACGAGGAAAUGUUUGUGCCAGUUUAAGAAUGCCGAAAAGGCAGCCAAGAUAUUUGAUGGUCUGCCGUUGUGUACUCUUCCACCAAAAAGUCCAGAUGUCAGUGGCCCUUCCAGUUCCCCCAGUUUGCCGGUCGAAAAUGUAAUACUAGCAUUAGCUACGGUAUUUGCGGUUACUGAAAGCCUCACUCCGAAUCCACAUAUAAGAUUGGAUUACAUAUCUUCGCCAAAGAAACCGUCUUUUGUUUCCAUAACAGCGCCGGACCUUCAGAAACAUCAACAGUGGCUUAUCACCUUACGUCCGGCAAUCAGAAACACCGAUCCAAUUGGACCAUACUUGAAUUCUAGCCAACGCAUGUGGAUCAUGAAGAAGCUGAGAUUGCUUGACGAUUUGGCUGAUGAGAAUGAAGAGAAGUUGGUUUCGUACCGAGCCUUGCUUAAAUCCAUAACCGACGAAGGUAAAAUUGAUUCGAAUGACAAGGAGCCAUGUGUGCCCGUAUUAUUCGUGCUCGGAAGGAGCAAUAUAUAUAUCGUCCUAAACAACAUGAGUAACAAUGGGGUGCUCAAUGAGGACAGUAGAAGGAGUAAGGAUUUUAAGUUUGAGGAGAAACAGUCGACGAAUUAUCCAUUGUUGAUUGAGGAUAUUAAACGGAAAGAGAUCAAUCUCCGCAAAUAUCAAUAUCCUCUGCUAUGCCUCACCGACAUACGAGCGGAUGGUCAUGAUGACACUUUUCAUCUAACUUUCAAAGAUAAUGUAGGGUCCAAGUCCGCAAAGCGGACAUUCGUUCUUUCUUCGUUAUUGUACAAGUCCAUAAUAAAUGAUAUUCGGGCAGCCAUCGAUUCAAUCACUUUCUGGUGGCCAAAUCCUUCUUACCGACUGCAAAUUUCAGCGUCAGCAUCCAAUUCUCCCUCAACAUCCUUAUCUUCUUCUGGGAAAGACCGCAAGUCGAUGCAAAAAAUUGGAAUCGAGAGAAUGAUUGAAGCGCAGCUGCAUGCUUAUCGAAUUCCAAAAGCAAGAGUAUCAUUUAGAGUAGAUUAUGUUUUGGGAGCAGAAGGCAUAGUUCUUGGGAAGGGCAUAGAACAUUUACCAUUUAGGUUCACACUGCUUCCUCCAAAAGGAGAAAAAUCUGAUGAAGAUGAAUCUUACAGUAAUUUUGAAUUGUUAGCCGUAUUUAAUUCACUGCAACACCAUCCACUAUUGUAUGAAGUGGUAUUCCGAAAUAUUAACCUAUUCGAGCUGCAAAUUCAUCCUGGACCAAUGAAUCGCAAAGGUGCCAAUAUGCUCGCUGCGGCGAUUUAUGACCUUCUGACGUCGAAUCCAGAGUUGCAAAAAUUGGAUUUGACUUCUUGUGGACUAACCGGUGAGACUGUAGCAGCAAUUGGAGACGCCAUGAUUACCGGCGGAUCAGCACUCGAAAAAUUAUUAAUUGGCAACAAUUCAGUAACAAGAGAAGGAAUACAGGCGUUGGCCAGUGGACUUACUAGUCACGGUGCGAUUCUGAAAGAGCUUGAUCUAUCAAAUUGUAAGUUGACACAUGAAAGUAUAGAGGUACUGUUAAACGCCCUAGAUACGUUAUACCCUGACAGACUCGAAGUUCUAAAUCUCUCUGAUAACACGUGUAACCUCGAGACCAAUGUUCUGUCUGACCUGUUAUCAAGAACCGUGAACUUGAGGAGUCUGAGCUUGCGUAACUGCGUCAAUUUCUUUUUCAGACCUAACAAGAUUAUCUCUUUUGAGAUAUUAGAAAAGACACAUUUAACAACCUUGGACAUAGGCCGUGUGUCACUAAGUAUUCGAGAUCAUUUACAUGCAUUAUACGAAUACAUUAAAUCACCUGCCUUCUCGAAGAUGAAAUACUUCAUCGUGGACCAUUGCAAUCUGGACGGCGAAUCACUGGCAAUAAUCCUUUCAUAUAUCAGCACCUCACCAAAUAACGAAAGCAUAAGAGUUUGGGCCGGUGGGAAUCACGUGACACGAUCGCCAAGCGGCUGCAAAGAAUUUUGCAAUGCGGUGAGAAAUGAUUGGACGCCAACAUGGUUAUCGAUGGAAGACACGAUUUUUGGAGCGAAUUCUGAUGAGGUGGUGGAAAUUUUGACAGCAUUUGCUGAAAAUACUGUGCUGAAAUUUUUGGAUUUGUCUUAUCCCCAAUUUAGAGUCAGUCAAGAUUUCUUGAUAAGAACGCAACAUAAGAUAACGGCGAAAAAAGCGUGUGAAGUUAUUGGGUUUUUAUUGAGUAAUAACAAUGGUCUCAAAGAGUUAAAUUUGUUGGGGGAUCCAGAUCGAAAGUGGGGAUCUUCAUUAGGAGCCUAUUUGACGGCACUGGGGAAGAAUGAGGUGUUGGAGAGAUUGAAUGUCAAGGGGAAUGCUACUCGCGAUCAAGGAGCCAUAGCUUUGAGUGAAGCUUUGAAGUUAAACGUAACACUGCAAUUUUUGAAUAUUGAUGAGAAUGAGAUUAGUAUAGAUGGAUACAAGGCGUUACAUCAGGUGAUAACAACUCAUAAAAAUGUUUCGCUCCGGGAAUUAGUUUAUCCCAAGCACGAUUUGCAGAUUUACCACGAAGUUAUCGACACGAAACUGUCGAUAAGAUCAAGGGAUACAAUAUUCGGUUCAUCGACAAUACGGUCUAAUCAGAGAAUUGCCUCGGAAAAACAAAAAAACGAGUUCAAACUCGUGCUUGACGAAAUUAUGAUAGCGAUUGAGCAACAUUCGAAAGUUAAUCAUAAUAAUAUAGACGAAGAGGAAGAUCUGGAAGGUUCAGAAGAUGAGUCGAUAGAUUCUGUUAAUGAAAUGAGAAAUUCGGAAGAUGGGUCGAUAUAUUCUGUUAAUGAGAUGAGAAAUUCGGAAGAUGUGUUACAAGAUUUCGACGAUGAGUUGGAAGAUUCAGAAGAUGAUUUUGAAGAUAUAUAUAAAAAAUUUUAUUAA